AUGGCUCCUCCCACCGCCGCCGAGAGCGCCUCACCGAUUGGCAUUGCCAACCUCCCUAACCAGCGUCACAAGAUUGUCGCCAAGAGGGGAGCUGGCUUCACCAUCAUGGUUGCUGGCGAGUCUGGCCUCGGAAAGACCACCUUCAUCAACACGCUGUUCUCCACCACCAUCAAGAACUAUGCCGACCACAAGCGACGACACCAGAAGCAGGUCGACAAGACGGUCGAGAUUGAGAUCACCAAGGCCGAGCUCGAGGAGAAGUUCUUCAAGGUUCGCCUGACCGUCAUCGACACCCCCGGCUUCGGCGACUACGUCAACAACAGGGACUCCUGGAUGCCCAUCAUCGAGUUCCUCGACGACCAGCACGAGUCCUACAUGCUUCAGGAGCAGCAGCCGCGCCGCCAGGACAAGAUCGAUCUCCGUGUCCACGCCUGCCUGUAUUUCAUCCGUCCCACCGGUCACACCCUCAAGCCCCUCGACAUUGAGGUCAUGAAGAGGCUGUGCUCCAGAGUCAACCUCAUCCCCGUCAUUGCCAAGGCCGACACCCUCAGCCCCUCUGACCUCGCCCGUUUCAAGCAAAGGAUCCAAGCCGUCAUUGAGGCCCAGAACAUCAAGAUCUACCAGCCGCCGAUCGAGGAGGAUGACGAGGCCGCCGCCCAGCACGCGCGCAGCCUCAUGGCCGCCAUGCCCUUUGCCGUCAUUGGCUCCGAGAAGGACGUCAAGACGGGCGACGGCCGCAUCGUCAAGGGUCGCCAGUACUCGUGGGGUGUCGCCGAGGUCGAGAACGAGGACCACUGCGACUUCAAGAAGCUGCGCUCCAUCCUCAUCCGCACCCACAUGCUCGACCUCAUCCACACCACCGAGGAGCUGCACUACGAGGCCUACCGCGCCCAGCAGAUGGAGACGCGCAAGUUCGGCGAGGCCCGCCCCCGCAAGCUCGACAACCCCAAGUUCAAGGAGGAGGAGGAGGCCCUGCGCAAGCGCUUCACCGAGCAGGUCAAGAUCGAGGAGCAGCGCUUCCGCCAGUGGGAGCAGAAGCUCAUCGCCGAGCGCGACCGCCUCAACAAGGACCUCGAGCAGACACACGCCCAGAUCAAGCAGCUCGAGACGGAGCUCGAGGCCAUGCAGGGCACCGGCGCCAUCCGCAGCCACGGCCGCCGUUAA